UUCUUCAGCUAGUCUGGCGAGCUCUUACAAACUGCAAGUCUCCCAGCAGCGGCGGCAAGGCAUCCACAUGGCGUCGUGGUCCACCGGCCUCUGCGGCUGCUUCCACGACGUUGGCGGCUGCUGCCUGACCUUCUUCUGCCCGUGCGUCGCCUUCGGGAGGAUCGCCGAGAUCGUCGACAAGGGGGCCAUAUCAUGCUGUGCGAGCGGGACGCUGUACAUGCUUCUGGCCAUGACGACGGGGGUGGGCACCGGCUUCUACUCCUGCUGCUACCGUGCCAAGCUGCGGGAGGAACACGGGCUCGCCGAGAAGCCCUGCGGCGACUGCUGCGUCCACUUCUUCUGCGGCCUCUGCGCCCUCUCCCAGGAGUACCGCGAGCUCAAGAACCGUGGUUUCGACAUGAGCGCGGGAUGGGAAGCCAACGCGGAGAGGAUGGGGAAGACCGCCGCGCCCUAUGUGAACUCCGGGAUGACUCGUUAGGUGGAUCCAAAUGCAGUGCACACUUCUAUUCUAGUAGUCAACAUGCAGCUUCUAUUCUAGUCUUGUUUCUUGUGAUCCAUGUAAUUAAUAUGUGUUAGUGAACCCUCAAAAUAAAAUGUGUGCAAGUGUGUUUUCCUGUAACUCCGGUGAAAUCAUGUUACUGUGUGCAGGUGCGGGAUGGGAAGCUAGCUUAAGUCUUAAUGCAGUUAAUGGGUGUUGUGACCGCAUAUUUGUAU